AUGGCGCUCACUUCCACAAGUCACAAGCAGCUGAUGCUCAGCUGUCCCUGCAUGUCAGUAUCAUCGUUUGUCUCGAGAAGCGAAGGCCUGGACAACUCCAUCAAGACUGCCAGUCGUGUCAUGGGUGUCUAUGUCGAGCAGGCUGACGCAGCCGCGAAGCGUUGCGAGCAGCCAGUCUUCAAAAAGACGGACGAGGCGAAGCCCAGCUUCUUGUACUUCGAUGCGCAGAAGGAGAGAUGGCGCAUCGCCAAAUCCAUGGAAGAGAAAGGUGAUUAUGCCCACAUCAAGGACAAGGGCCAGUUGCCCUGGCAGCUGAAGAAGCCUUGGAAGGUCUACAACGGCGACAAGUACGAGGAAGUCUCUGCGCUCCAAGUGCAGGAGGCAGACCCAUCGGUUCAAGAGGAAGCCAAAGCCAAUAAGGGCCGGGCCAAAACAACAGAGAAGCGUGGCAAAGUCAAGGAGAGUAGCACGGCCACGGGAAAUGGAUCAAAGAGGACUCGUGACAGGAAGUGGCUUGGCCAGCAGAUGAGCGCUGAUGAGCUGCCACUCGAAGCCCUGAAGGAGCUGCCCAAGGAUGCCCCAAAUGGACACGAUGCGUGGAAAGUUGUGAAGUGGGAGCCGUCCAACAAUCGGGCGCUCUUUCAGUUCAAGGGUGUUCGCAUUCAGACCACUCAAUUCGGCUGUGGGUCAAAGCAUGCGGCAGAAGUCGUCGCCAGGGCCUGCUACGUCAUGCUGGCUGACGGAAAAGGGAAAGAUGAGGUCAUGAACUUUCGGGAUGGUUGGUACCGAAGGAUUAGAUCUUUCAAGGCAGGGGAGGCGGCGACCGCGAACGGACAGGGAAGCAGCAGUGACAUCUCACCGAACGAGCGGAAGAAUCACACUGCUCCAGAUGAGGGCAAAGAGCAAGCAAGCUCACCUUCGCCAGACGAAAUACGCGAGUCAAGCUCCAGCAGUGGAUCUGAAGAUUCAGACAGUGCUGGCAAAGGUUCCGACACUGAGUCCCAAGAGGACGCCGUGGAUGCAGGAGGACAAAAGGGCUUUGGCUUUCUUGAUCCGCGCAAUCCGCCUGGUGCGCUGGGCAGGGUGUGUGCGAAGAUGGCGGUCCGAACAGGCAUUCGCUGCUUCAAGUGCUACUUCGAGAGACAUAAAUGUCAAUGUAAGAGCACCUGA